GUCUCGACGACCACCAUCGCCCAUUCUCGUACGCUCAGUUUUUUUGCCUUUGCUCUGCUCGUCCCCGCUGUGUACCUGCUCCAGUACGGGGGUCUGUAAUCCACCGCGAGCCCGCUGUAUUGCCACAUUAUCCUAUCCGGACCCACGCCUCCGUACGCCGCGUUCUGAGAGCACAAGUACUGUAUAUCACAUCAAUGUCUAACGCGUCUGCCCGCACCCCAUCUCCGGCACUGUCAAUGUCCUCGCGUUCGUCCACCCCGGAGGUCCCCGUGCAGCCAGAUCACUUCUAUGGCGCGCAACAUCUCCCUCCGUCGCCGGACUCGGACGGCAGGACAUGGCUCGACCCGGAGGAUGACCCGCUAGCACAGCGCGGCAUACCUGUAUUUAAGCCGACGAUGGAGGAAUUCCGGGACUUUGAAGGCUACCUGAACAAGGUAGAGUGCUGGGGAAUGAAGAGUGGCAUCGUAAAGGUCAUUCCGCCGAAGGAGUGGACGGAUGCGCUGCCGCCGCUGACCGAGCCGCUAGCGCAGGUGAAGCUGAAGAACCCGAUCGAGCAGUACAUGCUCGGUCGUGGCGGGCUCUUCCGACAGGAGAACAUCGAGAAACGUCGGAUAAUGAGCGUUCGAGAGUGGGCCGAGCUUUGUGCGAAGGAGGAGAUGCGCGCACCCGGCAUCGACGACAUCGGGUUGCAUGCACGCUCGACGAACGGGAGUGCAAAGCCGCGCACGCGGAGGGCGCGCAGGAAGAGGGAGUCGGAGACUGCCGAACCCGAACACGCCAUCAAGGCGGAGGAAGAGGAGGAAGAGAUCUCACCCUAUCUCGCACACCCGCACGACCAGGGACGAGAAUCGCUCGCCUCGCCGCCAAAUAGCGUCGCCGCGGUCGACACGCCCGCUGCUGAUGGCGAGAAUGUUGGCGCACCGACGCCAGCACCUCAGGCCACCGGUGUCGAUGAAAACGUGAGAAUUGGCUUCUCCGAUAACGGAGAUCCUCAUCACGAGCCCGGAGAAGAUGCCAGGCACGAUGAAGAGGAGGAAGAGAAGCCAAGAUCCAAGGGGAAGCGUGCCACGCAGACGCGUGAGGCGAGAGAGGCAAACCUUGCCGAGCGAGCAGCCAAGGACAAGGCGUUCUUGGAGACGUUUGACCCACAUUCUGACUGGCUGCCACCGAAUACCACUCCGUUUGAUUAUACCGUAGACUUUUGCAGGGAACUUGAGAGACGUUAUUGGAGAAACUGUGGUCUUGGGAAGCCUGCGUGGUAUGGAGCCGACAUGCAGGGAUCGCUGUUUACGGACGAGACGAAGGAGUGGAACGUAGCUCACCUCGAGUCUGCUCUGUCGCGCCUGCUCCCGGCGUCGUCAAAGGGUUUGCCAGGCGUAAACACGCCCUACCUCUAUUUCGGCAUGUGGCGGGCUACGUUCGCCUGGCACGUGGAGGACAUGGAUUUGUUCAGCAUCAACUACGUCCACUUUGGGGCACCCAAAUACUGGUAUGCCGUUCCGCAAGCCAGGGCGACUGCGUUGGAGCAGACGAUGCGAGGAUAUUUUCCGAAGGACGUGUCGCAUUGCUCUCAGUUCUUGCGGCACAAGUCAUUUUUUGCUUCGCCGAAACUCCUUUCAAGCUCCUCAUGCCGUCCGAAUACGCUAGUGCAAUGUGCGGGGGAGUUCGUCAUCACGUUCCCGAUGGGAUACCAUGCAGGAUUCAACUUGGGCUUCAACUGUGCAGAGAGCGUCAAUUUUGCGCUGGAGAGUUGGUUGGACCUUGGGCGUAAGGCCAAGGCGUGCGAUUGUGUCAACUUCAGUGUCCGCAUCGAUGUUGACCGCUUGCUGCUUGAGCGGGAGGAGGAAGAGCGUGCUAAGCUCGAAGCUGACAAGCCUCGCCGCCCCAAGACAAAGCCGAAGCCUGGAAAGAACUCGGAAUCCAAAUCCCAAGGCAAGCGGAAGACUGAAGCGCCGGAAAGCCCGAGCAAGCUCAAGAAACCGAAGACAGCUAGACCGUCGAAGGGGAAGCAGAGCAACUCUUCCGCAGAGGGAUCGCAGGCCAGUCAGUCGAAGGUGGCCCCUGCGAAGGUCACUCUCAAACUCCCACCGAAGCCAAAGGAGCCUGAGGCGUUCCCGUGCUGCUUGUGUGUCUCGAUGGACAAGGAGAAGCUGCUCCGUGUGCACGACCCGCCUUUGUGGCGCACGGACGAUGAGGUCGCGCAGGAAUCUGCAGGCACGGAAACCAUCUGGAUGGCACAUGAGGUCUGUGCGAACGUCAUUCCAGAGACGUGGGUGGACGAGGUGGAAGUGGGCGAAGUCGGGCAGGACGGGACGCGCGCGAAAGAGCGGGUGGUGUUCGGUGUGGAUGGGAUUGUAAAGGAUCGGUGGAACCUAAGAUGCUCUGCUUGCACGAGAACACGGUAUAGGGCCCACGGAGCCCCCAUUCAAUGCACGAAGGGCAAGUGUCCAAAGGCGUUCCACGUCUCCUGCGCGAGAGAAGGAGCCAGCCACAAUAUCGUGUACAAGGAGCUCCGGGAGGUGGAAAAGGAAGUUGUCUUGCUGAUUCCUCAGGUCGGUGCGGCGGCGACUAAGCCAAAUCAGGUAGCACCCACAGGAGGCGAGCAGGCGGCCCUAGUGCCGAUGGAGGGCAAUAUUGAUGUGCAAUCAGAUGCUACUUCUGUUUCUCUGGAGCCCUCGGCGCCCACUGUCCUCAAGCUCAUUCGCAAACUAGAGGUGCAGGUCUUGUGUUCGCAGCACAAUCCCGCCGUUGCGGAAGCGAAGAAACUGCUGAAGCAGGACAAAAUUCGCAAAGAGCUCCUUGCCCUGCCGCCCAUGUCGCGGAUCAAGCUGCGUGUCAGUGCAGGCGUCUUCGAGGUCUCUCUCCUACGGGUUAUUGAGGAGACAGGCUCUGUCGAGGUUCUGUGGGACCGUGGCUUCAGGAAGGAGUUCAAAUGGGGUAGUGUGGUGUUUGGGAACACAGACGGAUUGACGAUCGGGCAGAAACCUGCCGAGCCUGCUGCCGAGCCAGAGCAAUACGUUCCGCGUCCCAUUCAACCCAGGCCCGUUUGGCCCUCUUAUUCCGCGGCCCCUCCCGUCAUGGAUUACCGCUACCAGAUGCAUGCCUCAACGUCCACACCACCUGUCGCAGGAUCUGGGAUGUCAUCUCCUGCGCCAUCCACGUCUGCGUCUCAGGCUUAUCCUCCACCUCCGUCAUACCCAUCGUACGGGCCCAAUUACCAGUACAAGCCGACGACAUGGCGAUACCAGCAGUAUCCCGUGUCGAACUCGGGCUCGCAAUACGGAGCAGCUGGGCCGUCAACUGCUGUCAGUUACCCAUAUUCCCCUUCGGCGUAUCAGCCUUCCACAUACCAGCCCUACUCUGGCUACAACUUUCAAAUGCAGCCGCAGACGCAGCCAGCACAGCAACAUUCGCCAGCGCAGUUGGCUCAGCAAGCAGAACAGUUGCAGCCGUCUCAGUCAAUACCGCAACUUCAGCAGCCUGAGCCUCAAUCUGAGCCUGAACCACAGCCACAGGUUCAACAGUUAAAACCCUCCCAACUUCGUUCCUUGCAGUGGCAAAGGCCAUAUAUGGGUCCCAAAGCCAUUCUUCCUGCGCCUUCCGUUGCGCGCCCGCCGAUAAGCCAGACGGUGCCGUACCAUCUGCAUGGCCAGAGCCAGCAGUCAUGGCAGACAGGUUAUGCUACCCCCACUGCAGCCAAUGCGGCUCCCUCUCCUGCACCUGCUGAGCCGGAUCCCUCCCCUAUGCAGCAAGCAGCACCUGCCAAUGCGACGUCAUAGAGGCAUCGUGGUCGGAAGUAGUUCUCGCGAGACGGUACGGUAACAGAAGUUUGUAUCAUUAUUGUUCCAUACGUAUUGAAAUCCUUGGCUCUUGUGUAAUGAAGAAGGAAUACUUGUGCGCUCCUCUAAGUUUGCUGUAAUGAUACAAUAUGAUUGUUGUCUAUUACUAGUACUUUUACAC